GAGCAGUAGUGGUUUGAUUAGCUCAAGCAAUCGCCUUCAUCCACAGCCAUGUUCAGCCUGGACGCGCCGCUGGCGCCCGCCAUCGACGCGUUCGUGGACCCGGAGAACGACGAUGCCGCGCAGAAAACUGGACUCAACACCGUCGUGAUGCAGGUGCACCGCCAAGUAAGCAUGGAGGCGCUCAUUCAGGCCUUAGGCGCCUACCUCACCAGCGGGGACGACAAGGUUCGGUCGCGUGCCACGUUGUUGCUGGCUGAGGUGCUCACGCGGCUCCCAGAGCUGCAGCUCACGCCUAGCGCCGUGCAAUUGCUCAUGACUUUCUUCGCCGACCGCCUAGCCGACUUCCCUAGCGCCUCCGCUUGUCUCCGCGCUCUUCUUGCGCUCGAGACGCAUCACGCGGCACAGGUCCAAUCGCCACGCACCACUGUGGCACUCAUCCUGAAGCUUGGUAAAACGCUGCACAUUCCGCAGCUGGGCCAGGCCAUGCGCAAAAUGUGCUUCGACCUCAUGCAGCUCGCUCUGAUGCAGCCGACAGUCGUAGAGCUGCUGCUGGACUCGGUCCCUGCCAGCAAAGAUGCACAGGAUGCCAGUGUAGAUGACGCGGAGCAGAGCGAAGACCUUGGCCGACAGUUCGCACAGACGUUCCUGAGUGCCAUGGAGGGCGAAAAAGACCCGCGUAACCUGCUGCUUUGCAUGCAGGUGGCGCGUACUCUGUUGUCCAAACUGGAGCCCGUGUUCUCGCGCAGUGACGCGCUGCUGCAACAGUAUUUUGACGUUGUUUCCUGCUACUUCCCGAUCAUCUUCACGCCGCCGCCUAAUGAUCCAUACGGAAUCACGUCAGAGGGACUCAUCUUAUCACUGCGUCAUGCCUUUGCUGCUUCGGACUUAUUGGCGCCGCUGGUACUGCCGUUCUUGCUCAAGAAACUCGCAUCUACCGUAGUGGAGGCGAAGCUGGAUGCUAUACAGACGCUGGUCUUUUGCGGUGAACGCUACUCGGUGAACGCGUUGUUACUACAAAUGCACGCAGUGGCCACAGCGCUGUAUGACGAGGUUCUGGACGGCGAGAAGCAGGAGGUUAUUGCUGAAGCUCGUCAGGCCAUCUCGCGGUUCUCUGGUGUUGUUGCUCGCGCUAAGGCGCAGGACACGCCGGGUGCUGCCUAUGCAUGGAGUAAGUUCGUCGUGGACAUGACUGCGCGUGCUGCAGGUGAGCUCCGUGAAAAUGCUGCCGACUCGAUGGUGAGCGUGUCAGCUGGACAGGUGCUGACUGCUCUGGGUCGCGAGUCAUCUUUGAGUUUUGCGCAUGUCUUGAAGAUCGCUGUGCCGCUGUUGGUGGAGCAGCUCACCAACGAAAGCUCAGGAAGCGACAGCGUGUCUUCGAAGUGUGAAGCUGCGCUGGCGCGUAUUUUGCUGCUUGUGGACACGAUAGACCGAGAGAUCGAUCAGUCUGGCCAAGCGCAGCCUAUGCGUCCUCAUGCAGCCGCACUGAUUGACGCGCUUGUGAACUUUCUUAGCAGCGAUCAAGACAACCAGACGAACCCUGGCAGCAGUCCGACCGCACGCUGUGUGGCGGUGGAGGCACUUUGCCACCUUCUCACCUUCCCACCGUCUCCCAUUGUGGCACCAGCCCAAGUUAAGGCGCUUAUAAACCUGUUUACCCGCAUGCUGCUUCUCGACCCCGCGGCUGAAGUGCGUACUGCUUGUCUGCAGAGCCUGAAGGAGAUUUCCACUGUGUCUACCGCGUCGGUGACCUCGACUAACAGUGGCGAGCACCCGGUUACUGGUGGAUACGCAGCGUUUGUGGUGGAGAUUUCGCUGGCUCGACUCAUGGCUGCAGUUAACGAAGGAAGCGACCAGGAAGAUGACGAUGACGAAGAAGGCACGGGAGUAGCAACUGUUCUAGCUGCAUCGAACCGCAACUUCGACUCAUUCUUCGAGGAAGCUCUGUUGGCAAUCACAGAGCUCUGUCGCGAGGCGUCUAUCUUCCAGGCUACCAUUUUCCUGCUCAUCGACCUGUGUGUGGAGAAGGAUGACGGCAAACAGAGUGCAAUCGGAUUCUGCGAGGCAGAAGGAGACGCUACUCGUCAGCGUCACGUUGAUUGCAUCCUGGACGCUGUGGCUAAGAUCGUCGAGAUCAACGCAGGAGACCGUAGCAGCAUGGAGUUCUGCGUUAAGGCGUCUUCUUCUGCUUCGAUCAUCUUCCGUCUGCUUACGGCAGUCGAGACGUCGGCAGCUCGCGCGACGGCGGCAUCCAGCGACAAGCCUGGCCUUGUGGACGACGUAAAGCUUUCGGCCUGUGUUAGAAUCUUCCGCGCAGUGAUGCAAAACGUGUCUUCGGCUACGCAACAGCAGCUGGUUGACGCUGUGGUGCCAGCAUUCUUGCGCACCAAUCCCUCAGAGCCGGCUAGUCUACAGCUCGUACCGCUUUUCGCUGCAGUCAUUAACUCAGCCGCCCGUGACGUGACGAUCCCGGAGUCAUCGCUGGUCAUCAACAGAUUGCUGGAGCUUGCGCAGUCGGGCGCUACUGCGGUGCCCGAAUCCUCACCUCGACAGCUCCAGCUCGUGUACACCGAAGCUGCUCUUUCUGCGGCCAAGUCGCUGGCUUCAAUUAUGAACAAGAUGUCGGAUGGCGCUGAGUUUGACGCUCUCAUCGACUUGCUGCUCUCCCAGAAACUUGCCGUAGUGAUCAGUAACCCGUACGAGUCUUUUACGGUGCGUGUGGCUGCGUUACAGAUCUACGCCUGGAUUGCGAAGGGCUUGAUCAUUCGUGGACACAAGGUGCAUGCACCGGUGUGUCUGCGCUUCCUCUGCAGCUUCCUUACGCCUGAUGGUGAUGUUAACAUGGAGCAAGAUGACGACCAACAAGCUGCUGCACUGCGCAUGGAAGUUGGAAAAACCUUCAAGCUUCUGGUGUCGGAGUACCCGGACGUGCUGAACCGCAAGUGUGGAGCUUUCAUCACGGUAAGGAAUGCGAUGCGUUGUCAUAAUCGCUCAAAAGGUUGACUUUGUUAUGUUUUCCAGUUCCUUUACCGUCAGCGCUUGUUUGACCUGGUGUUCCCCGUGCUGCUCGAGUACAUUCGAGCUCAUAUUGGCGAGGAAACCAGUGUGGCAGCUCUGGUAGCGUUCGCUCAAGUGAUCGCGCAUUCGCCCAAGGCCAUCUACCUGCCACAUUUAGCUCAGAUCUUCCCGCUCAUGGUUCAGGCUCUCAAGACGGAUGACCGUGAGCUAGGUAGUGCAGCCAUCCAGACCUUUAAACCGCUGCUUUUGGAGUCAGUGGAGAGCGCCAAGCCCUUCCUCAAGGACGUCUUCCCGGGACUACUCAAGCAAGCACAGUUCGGACCUGCUGCUAAGGACCGACAUGCCGCUCUGGAAUGUCUUGCUAAGCUCGCAACCAUCCCGUAUGAACUGGUGCAUCCGUACAAGGAUAUCGUGCUGCGGAAACUGUUGCUGGUGCUUGACGACCGCAAACGCCUUGUGCGUCACAUGGCCGUUCGAGUGCGCAACCAAUGGAGCAUCUUGUAGAGGUAGAAUGCAACUACAUCAAGACUACAUUGUACCCUUGUAUCGGGCAAACCAAACGCACCGUUGUCGUCUGUAUUCUAUGUCAGGCGAGUGAGUACUCUACCUCCGUCUUUGCUCUCAGACAGUGUUGAGGUCUU